GGCAUGCAAACCAGGGGCUUUAAUAUAGUUCACAGCGAUUGGUAGGUAGUGGCGAACCCGUCAUUUCCUGUUAGUGCCGGACGCGACCGGAAGGCCUGCCUUCUGCUUUCCUACUGGCUGUUUGAUAGGCCCCUGUCUUAGCCAAUCAAACUUCCUCCCUUCACCCCCUCCCGACAGCUCUUAUAAAUUAAAUCAAAUUGGUAAUUCUUUCCACAUCAUUUUCAUGGUAAAACAGUGUGCUAUUUUUUUUCUUUUUGGCCGUGAUGUCCGGACGCGGAAAACAGGGAGGCAAGGCCCGCGCUAAGGCCAAGUCGCGCUCGUCCCGCGCGGGCCUACAGUUCCCGGUGGGCCGCGUGCACCGGCUGCUGCGCAAAGGCAACUACGCCGAGCGGGUGGGGGCCGGCGCGCCGGUCUACAUGGCGGCGGUGCUGGAGUACCUGACCGCGGAGAUCCUGGAGCUGGCGGGCAACGCGGCCCGAGACAACAAGAAGACGCGCAUCAUCCCCCGCCAUUUGCAACUGGCCGUGAGAAAUGACGAAGAGCUCAACAAGUUACUUGGGGGUGUUACCAUUGCCCAAGGCGGCGUCUUACCAAAUAUCCAGGCCGUCUUGUUGCCCAAGAAAACGGAGAGUCAUAAGCCUGGCAAAAACAAGUAAUUAAAACGCUUGACACCACCCGCCCCACUUACCCCCCCCAAAGGCUCUUUUAAGAGCCAACAAAGUGUCA